UGGGGGUUGGGGCAAGGAAAGAAAGGAGAUUUAAUUUGGGUUGGCCAUGGCGUCUGUUGGAUGAGAUGGCAGCAGGAAUAUGCGCUAAUUCCAUGAGGAAGAUUCGUGACUCAUGCGCAUCUUCCUCUCCCUUAUUCGCUUUUACUUUUCUUUUUUGUCCGAAUAUGACUUCCAUUUAACUGAACAACCGCCACCUUCUUCUCUUGUAGAAUAACCCAAACACCUUCUACUCCUCCUCUUCUCAGCUCCAACGCUCCGCCACAUCUUUCCAGUUUUCUGUUACAGAAUCAAGCAACAUAUUCAGUUGCUUUGGGCUCGCUCAUUUCAAUUGAUGCCAGCAAAUUCAUGCUGGCAAUCAACUUGAUUGAAUUUACUACUGAAAAGGUUAUGAGUCCCCAGGCUAUAUUGAACCCAAGCAGAACCCUUGAGGGUGUCCAUGGGGUUCAUGUGGUGCCUCAUUCACCAUUUGCAUUGGAGAAAACUACUGAAGAUGGGGACUUUCCUCAGUCAAUCAGUAGAAGCUCGGCUAUUGAAGCAAAUCAGCGGUUAUUAAUGCAAUGGGUAUGGCAGCUUAGACCAGCCUGUUUGAGGCCCAUCCAUGGGUGUAUUCAUGGUGAUCAGAAUCUUGCAGAAACAGUGGCUAAUGUGCUUACUUCACUUCCUUUUAUAGCUCUUGGAAUCCAGGCCCCAAGGAAGAGCCUGAGUACUAAGCUGUAUGCUAAUUCGUUAAUUGGAGUUGGAGUUGCCUCAAGUUUGUACCACUCUUCAAGAGGAAAACUGAGGCAGUUUAUGAGAUGGACGGAUUAUACAAUGAUAGCCACAGCAACAGUAUGUCUAUCAAGAGCUCUCAGAGAUGACAACCCAAAGUUUCUGAUGGCUGCAUCCGCAUUUCUUCUACCUGUCCAGCCUCUAAUGGUUUCUGCCGUUCAUACUGGGAUGAUGGAGGUAGUAUUCGCAAAAAGAGCAUCAAAAGAUCCAGAUCUGAAGAUGGCCUACAACGUGCAUAAGAUGUCAUCAUUGUUGGGUGGUGUAUUGUUUGUUGCUGAUGAUGUUUUCCCUAGGACUCCAUUCAUUCAUGCUGCCUGGCAUCUGGCUGCAGCUGUUGGUGUUGGCACCUGUAAUAAGCUUCUUGAGUAGUGUGCAUAUAUUUGAUAUCAAUUCCUUGUGUUCGAUUCAUCCAGAGAGCUUUUGCAGAUAUAGCCUCUGCUUAAAGACAUAGAUCUUCCAACUUCACAUGUCAUAGAUCCCUCCAUUCUCUUGGAUCAGGUUCGUGCAGUUCAUGGGUUCAAUCUGCAUCGGUCCUGAAGCCUUCUACUUUCUCCAACUGUACUAUAUAUUUGUUCUCUAGAAUAGCUAGCUAUGUAACUUUACUGGGGAUGGAAUAUUUCCUGCAAUACACUGGCAACUAUUGUGAUUUGGAUCAAUAGUGAGCAAUGUCAAAGGAAAGAAAUAUUUCAUUUACUUCUAAA